AUGGAGCUCGUCAACUACAACCACAAGACCUGCCCCAAGUGCUCUGCCACUCUCACCUCCGAGUCUAAGACUUGCUCGAGCUGCGGUGCUGUACGUUUUCACCUCUCUUUCCUAACCAUUCCCUUUCCUUUCCUUUCCUUUUCUUAUUACUUGCCCCGUCUAAGCCAUUACCUCAGCUCCACCCGCCAUCAACCUCAAUCAUCGCAACAACAUGACGAGAAUAUACUGAGGCAUGGGGAACUGGAAGGACGCACGGAUGAGUGAAUGAAUAGAUGAAGGGACGAUAUACCUCAGUAGGACAUGGUACAGGCGUUGAUGGAGAAGAGAACCGAUCAUGUAUGUCUUUAAUAUUAUAAGCUACAUGCCAGUCCCUGUUACAGACAGGCAGCUAGGAUAGGUCCUCGUAAUGGAAGGAAUCUAGAAUGGCAAUGGCAAUGGCAUGACAUGUGCUACAACUACACGGAUCCUUUUGAUAUCCAUGCAGUAACAGGGCUACGAUCCCCACAACGCGACAUGUUUCAAGGGGGUUCACUGCCUCGAGAUUCACGAUAGAGUUUACCCGCAAUCUAACAUGUUGAGUGUGUAAAGACAAAGCGAUAUUACAACCAAAGCCAAGUUAAAAAAAAAAAAAAAAAAGCCAGGACAAUACAAGACAAU